GAGGGGAUGGGGAGCGACGCUGCCGACAACCGGGAAAGUAAUAUUGAGCCGCCCAGAAGGAGGGAUAGCUCCGAUCCUGUUAAUCUGAGCCUCAAUUCCGGCGCUUCCACCACGAGUGAAAGCUCGCACGAUAUAGUGCACAGGUCCGAAAAGCAGUUGCUCGAGAGGCGAGAAUCUCUUGAGGAGGUCGAGGAAAGGAGAAGACAGCUAGCGACACGGCUCGCGUUAGGUUUAGAUGCCGGGAAACCGCAAGCUGAAGAACUGCCGAUCGCACCGGCGGAGGCGUACGUGGUGACGCCUCAUCGGAAGCGAAGGCCAGGCUUCCACAACGCUCCCGCACAAAACCCGGCAUUCGUACCCUUCAAUCCCGGAUUCGAAACGCCCAGGAGGUUGCAAGCGCCACAUCCCUUGAGUGUUUCGGCACCACCGUACCUGCAGGAUAGGUCAGUGACACCACCAGGAGCGUCACAUCGACCGCCGAGCGCCGAUCCUGCGUCAGCGGCGGUCCUUGAGCCACCUUGGAGUGCUUGGACUCUGCCACCUAGCAGAGCACCACCGCCGCCGCCAACGGAAGACCCGCCGAAGUCCACCCCCGUCCGAGAUUAUCGGUGCACCUACUGCGGCAAGCAAUUCGGCAUGUCAUGGAAUCUGAAGACUCAUCUGAGAGUCCACACGGGCGAGAAGCCAUUCGCGUGUAGAAUUUGUGUCGCUAUGUUCAAACAAAAGGCUCAUCUGCUGAAGCAUCUGUGCUCGGUGCACAGGAGUCGGAUAGCCGCGCCCGAUAAUACCUUUACGUGCUGCUUCUGCUCAUUAAGCUUCGACAGUCUGCAAGAACUCAUUAGGCAUCUGUCGGGGCCGCACAACAAUAUGCUACUCAGCAAGAAUCUACAUAUACGCGACUAGCGACAAGAUCAAAGGCCAUCCGGUGCUGAGGAGUACUCCGUGAACGCGAUAUGACGAGUCCUGCGAUAUUUUCUACCAUUCCUCAAAGAUCGUUAGAGGAAGGUUGGGAUUCUCUGUCGCUAAUCAGACCACUUUGAAGAAGUUAUCUUAGAGCUGCGCGAGAGAAAAGAAAAGAAAAGAAAAACAAAAAAUGCAAUACUCUCUUCCCCGAUAAGUUUUGCGACGGAUCUGUAUCUGGUGGCAAGAAUCUUUUUCGGUAAUUGUUAAAGUGGAUCGAACCGAAUGAAUACGUUAAUUGAAAAAAUAAAUUUAUUAUAAAAUGUGUGUGGCAUGCGAGGAGAUAAAUUUUUAUUGUAUUUAGACAAACUUUUCUCGGAACGCACACGCGUAUUUGGUAUUUUUGCUAAAUAUCGCGCGCGCGUUCUGAUUGCGGUCACUCGUGGUACCUUUCAGAAAUUGUAACGUUUCUGAGCGACACUUUAACAUUGGUCUGUGUGUAAUGAGGAGCACAAAGUGCCUUUGCCGCGUGGAAAGUGCAUGUGUAGGCAAUCCUCGCAGCGGCGAUUCUCGGUUUGUGCGCUAUUCAAAAAUCGUUGCGUUGAAUUCGCACGCAAUCCGAGGGGAUCGCCAUUCGUUUCGGACGUUCGUUUCAUCGAUCGAACGCUACUGCGAAGCGCACACGAAAGCACUACAAAGAGCACGUACGCGUGAGGCACGAUGGUGUCGUGGUGUCUGACGAAGAAAUGUACGUUCCUUUAAAUCCAGAUUCAAUCUGUUUAAACGCGUAAUUCCUAAGCGAGGUGACACGAUCCGAGAGAGAGAGAGAGAGAGAGAGGGAGAGAGAGAGAGAAUAACUUACGGAUCUGUCGAGUCUCUCGUCGGGUUUCUUCGAAGACAGACGACACGCAGCACCGGAAACGCGCCUUUGCUAAAGAAAAGAAUAGGAAAAGCAGGAGAGAAGGAAAACGGAAAGUAACAAAGUUUUCGAAAGGAUCGUCCGCACGAAAUGUUCACGGAGCCGGCUUACCGAUGACUUCUCCCGAGAUAUUUUAUUACGUAUACAAACGAAAACGAUAGCGAUUGAUAUGACGUUAAGGAGCUUCUGUCAGUGCUCGACGUGCGACCCGAGGCGUGCGAUUACUAGCGCGGUCGUCGAGCACAAUCUGGGAAAAGUACAAUGGAGGACAAUGAACGUGCAGAGAGUCAAUUAUAUCGUGACGCGCCGAAUCCCGACGAGUUCGCGAUCAUCAAACGCGGUCUCUUUGUUGCGUUUAUGUUUGUUGUUAUUUUAUUUUAAUCGCGACACGUGGCAUCCGGAGAGACGUCCCGUUUACCUCAACGCGUACGACUAAUCACAUCCCGCCCCCCUUACACGCACAUAGACGUACA